AAAAUGUGACUUUGGGUGGGAUGGGGAGGGGUGUGGGGAGCAGUGUGCGUGCUAUGACUGCUUGAACGGAAAUACAUUUCUCUUUUGGAACUGCAGUACAAAACAAGUUGAAGACUUGUGAAUGCAACUUCCCGGCUAGUGCAAGGUGGGUGAUGAAAGUUUUGAGUAUUGGAGCAGUUUGUGAUUUCGGGUGAAGUGGGUACAAUACUGUGGGUGGGGGUCUGGCUGCAAAGGAGGCAUCCAGAUGAAGUGCUGCAGUAAACCCGCCUCUUUCCUGUUCGGUAUAAAGGAAGCUCAGCAUUCAGAGCUGGGGAAAGAUCAAAUCUCAGAGAAGGGAGAUGUGUCGGCACUUUUACAGGAACCUGGUGCGGCAUCAUUGAGCGAAUUGUUGAUUUGCAUUGGAGUGGCGUGCACUGCAAAGCUCUUGAUGUGAUCCGCCGGAGCUGGAUGUCCCCAAGUUGCCGAUCCUGCUGUUAAAUGAGCGCCAUGAGCCGCUAUCUCUGGCUGCCUUUGCCCUAUGUCACCAACUCCUUCCGAAAGAGCCAGGAGGAAGUCAAUGCCAGCGGCUUUCUGUCGGCGCUGUACGAUCUCUCCAACGGCUCCUCCUUGUUCAACUGGGGCAACCUGACCAUCGAGGACUGGGGAAUCUUCAGCAACCAGUCCAAGUAUGAAGCCGAGUCCCAGAACCCGACCGUCAAAGCGCUGCUCAUCGUCGCUUAUUCUGUCAUCAUCGUCAUCUCGCUCUUCGGGAAUGUCCUGGUUUGCCAGGUGGUGGUCAAAAACAAGAGGAUGCACUCUGCUACCAGCCUGUUCGUGGUCAAUCUGGCUGUGGCCGAUAUCAUGAUCACACUCCUUAACACCCCCUUCACUUUGGUUCGAUUCGUAAAUAGCAACUGGGUGUUCGGGAAGUUGAUGUGUCACAUCAGUCGGUUUGCGCAAUACUGUUCUGUGCAUGUGUCAGUACUGACCCUCACUGCUAUUGCUUUAGACCGACAUCAGGUUAUUAUGCACCCAUUGAAACCCAGGAUGUCGACAGUUAAAGGAGUCAUCUGUAUCAUUGUCAUUUGGAUCAUGGCAACCUGCUUCUCCCUUCCACAUGCGAUCUACCAGAAGCUGUUCAGAGUCGAAUACAGGAAAGAAAAAGUGCGAAGUUUAUGUCUCCACAAUUUCCCGCAGCCAGCUGAUCUGUACUGGAAGUACAUGGACUUGUCGACUUUCAUUCUCCUGUAUGUUUUGCCGCUUCUGAUUAUAACUGUAGCCUACACAACUGUGGCAAAGAAGCUCUGGCUGCGGAAUGCUAUUGGAGACAUCACUGUAGAGCAGUAUUUUGCUCACAGACGCAAGAAGAUAAUGACCCUGAAGAUGCUGAUGCUCGUGGUGGUAGUAUUUGCCGUCUGUUGGUUUCCCCUGAACUGUUAUGUUGUACUCAUCUCCAGCAAGGCCAUCAACACCAACAAUGCCAUAUAUUUUGCUUUCCAUUGGUUCGCCAUGAGCAGUACUUGCUACAAUCCCUUCAUCUAUUGCUGGCUUAAUGCAAAUUUUCGAGGUGAACUUAAAUCCUUGCUGGACAUGUGCAAAAGGCAAAGGGUCACCCACUCACAACCCCUUCCUUGUGUAUCUCCUCCCUACAGGCAGGCAUGGAUUGAAGACAGAAGCCAAAAGAGAAACAAUCAAGCUCAAAACUUGAGGUUUAACACCAACUCAGCAAGGACCGAUAUUUCCAUUGUCGAACCUAUUGUGACUGUAAACUAAUCUGGAAAGGCAGGGCAUUUUAAAAGCUAAUGUCAAUAAUUAGAGUAUGUGGAGGGUCUUCCAACCUUUAAAACAUCAUUCUUCCAAUAUAAGCAUCUCUGGCCAAGCUGGCAUUUAGUAGCCAUCACUUGUUUUCCCUGAGUAAGUGUUGAUGGCCAGAACUGUAAUGGUUAGAUACAACCACAUGGUAAUAUCAGAGAUCUGAUCCGUUACAAAGCAGGUACCUACCAUCACUGAAUGACUGUAAUCAGUGUGAUUUUAUAACAAUCCAACUUCACACACACUUUUUACUGAUACCAGCAUCAUCUUCGACUAUUCCCAUGUUUUUACAAGGAUCUGAAUUCACAUUCCUAAAUUGGAACUCAUUACUUAUCCAAGUCUCUAGAUUAUCAAACCAACAAUUUAAUCAGUACACCAUUGUACUCCUUUUUAUUGAGAUCUGUACAAGUAAGAUUGAUAGGCAUUUAAGAAUGAUCCAGUCUCCCAGGAGAUUUUGAGAAAUGGUUGAAAAGUUUUAAAGAAUUCUUAAAUUAUUGUAUGUAGUUUGGAAAAUAUUGGUGUAAUCUGGUGAAAAUCUAUGCUUUAUUAGCUGACUGGUGCGUUUUGCUGAAACUGUACAUUGAAUGUUGUCAGUUUAUUUAUUGUUGCAUUGAGUUACUGCAGUUCUCACCAAGCAGUCUUAUGAACAACAUAUAUUUAGAUGGUUCAAAAUUAUUCUUAAAGCUUUGAAUCAUGUUCUGUUGUGUCCGUGUUACUUGGUCAAAACAAAUAUAUAUACGUGAGUAUUAUGGACUCAGAUCAGAUUGCAUGGUUAAGUGCACAAAUCAAUCAAAUUUUUUUUUACUAACUGCCUCUGUGGCCACAUGUAAAAUCAGGCAUCAAAGAUGCUUAUUAACAACUUGUUUCCCAGUAUUGGUUUAAUCCGAGAAUAAUUUGCAUUAAUAUCUGGAUCUUGGAUUUAAAUCUUGUAAUUUAUAGCAUUAAGGGAGACAAGUAUUCCUUGUUUAGUUUAUAGUAAUUUGGAGGAGCCGGUGUUGGACUGGGGUGGACAAAGUUAAAAAUCACACAUUAUCGGGUUAUAGUC